UGCGCUCCUCCCCGAGCUACAUUCCAGGGACUUGCUGAAACUUCCCUGCAAAAUCUCCAACAUGGAGACUCUGCCUCCUCCUUACCCUCUAAAAUUCUCUUCCCCAAAGGCUAAAGUCUUUCUCGUUUUCUUCUCCAUGGUCUUAUGCACGGCCGCUCUAUUUAUUUUACAGUUAAAGCUCUUCCGACCCAGAGGGAAGGACUUCUACUCUUACGAAGUGAAGGAUAUCAAGGGGAGGACGGUAUCGCUGAGCAAAUACAGGGGCAAAGCGUCUCUGGUUGUAAACGUGGCGAGCGCCUGUCAGCACACGGAUGCAAACUACAAAGGGCUGCAGGAACUACAGAGGGAGUAUGGCCCGUUUCACUUCAACGUCCUCGCUUUCCCCUGCAAUCAAUUUGGGGAAUCCGAGCCAAAUUCAAACCGGGAAAUAGAAGCCUUCGCUAAAGGAAACUACGGAGUGACGUUCCCGAUAUUCAACAAAAUUAAGAUUUUGGGCUUAGAGGCAGAGCCCGCGUUCCGGUUCCUUGUAGAUUCCACUAAGAAAGAGCCGAGAUGGAACUUUUGGAAAUAUCUAGUUAACCCUCAAGGUCAAGUCAUAAAAAUCUUGAAACCAGAGGAUCCUGUGGAAAAUUUAAGAAAUGACGUGGCCUCCAUCAUCACAGAAAUCAUUAGGAAGAAAAAGGAAGAUCUUUGAAGUUACAACAAACCUUAAGCCGGACUGUUUACCGCAAGAUGGGUCUUCUUAAUUUUAGAUAUUUUUAUAAUUUUUUUUCCCAAUGGUUUUUAUAUUUUGGAACCUUUUGAUGAAUUAAUUUUUAUAUUUUUGACACCUAGUCCACAAAUACAUGGGAGGGUGGAUUUAUCAAAACUAGUGUAAAGGAAAACUGGCUUAGUUGCCCAUAGCAACCAAUUAGAUUCCACCUUUCAUUUCCCAAAGGAGCUGUGAAAAAUGAAAGGCGGAAAGGUUUUUCUUUACACCAGUUUUAAUAAACCUCAUCCAUAGAGUACUUAUGUAGAAAUGGGAUAUACCACUUUCCGAGUGGGAGAGGGGAUAAAAAUGCACAGUGACGACUGCAUUAUGCAUUGACUUUGCCUGAAAAGAAACAGUUCUGAGAGUAAAAAUAGAGUAAUUAUGA